UGAUUUUGGUAAAUAUCGUCCACCUUUGAUCAUCUGAUGACGAUGCACAAAAAUGAACGCACAGCUGCAUCCCUCAUUGGUUCUACUCAUUUUUAAAGGGUACAUCGCUGUAUUAAAGAGAGUUUAAUGUAAUUUCUAAUAAUUUAAAUAAAGACAAUUUCAUAUAUUCUCCAAAUAAGUAAACACACGGACAAACAUGGUUUGCUUUUCUGUCUUUAUGUUUUUGUUUUUUGUAUGUUUCACAGGAAAAAAAUCAGUCGUAAUGAUUGAAAGCCACUGCACUUAAUAGUUUAUAAGUUAGGCUACUUACAGAUUUCUUCAAAUGUAUCUGUAUAUUAUCACACAUGUUUAGGACUGUUUGAUUUUCAGUAACCAUGUGUUGUAAUCUUAGCUCAAAAAGUACAGAAAUUAGCGUUUGAUGAAUCAUUUCUUUGUUUUAAGAUUGCUUCUUGGCAAUAAAUCAUAUACAAUUAGAAAGAUUUUUCUUUCCAUUUAAAAUGGUGCCAUAUUUGUCAGCAAAAUGCAUUUGUGGGAUGAGGAGCAGAGUAGAGUAGGCUAUGUGGGUUGUGCACAUUAUAAACUUGCCCAGUUUUUUUUUUUCUGCUGAAGCCAAACAGCCACAUCAGCCACACACUGCACCUCCUCAUGCUAUACUCACCAGCUUGUUCACACACUGCUGUGGGAUGGCAUCCCAUUCUUCAACCAUUUGUCACAAAUCAGCCAAUGUGGCUUGGUGACUGGCAUGAACAGCACACCCAAGCUGAUCCUACAAGUGUUCAAUGGGGCUGAGGUCAGGACUGCAGGCAGGCCAUUCAAUGCUCUUCUCCCCAAAAUUAUGGAGGUAGUCUCUCCUGCUCAGUGCAGGUGAGCAUUGUCAUCUUAAAUGGCACGAGCCCUAUCCAUAUUAGUUAAAUGUGGUAAUGAAUUUGCUCAUGCAUUUUCCUUACAAAUGUGGCACCAUUCAAAGGGAAAUAAACAGAUUUGAUUUCUGUAAAAAAAAAAGGCAUUUUUACAACACAGAAUUAAUACAUCAAACACUAAUUUCCAGUCAGUUCAGAGCUUGACUAUUGCAUUGAAACUUACCCAGAAUGAGAACUCAGCAAAUUUUGACCACAACAAAUAAAUAUAUCCAUCAAGGACAACCACAAGAUAGCCAACUAGAAAAUGAAUGUAUACCGCUCAAAGGCUACUAAAUACAUUGAAAUGCAAGUAAUUUUGAGUUUUCUUUGCUUUGAUAUUGAAAAAGGUCCUAAUACCAUUCUUAAUCUUACUUUUGGAUGCUUUUAAACCAGCCUGCCAGUGACUUGUGUGACAGUAUAUAUAUAUGUAAAAAAAAUUUUGUUAUAUUAAAUAUAUUUUGCAAGGAUGAGGAAACAGUUAAGAUACUCAGAAAGUCCACUCAAUAGACUGAAAAACUUUUGCAGCGAACCAAACAAGUAUUUGGCUUUUUGUUUUGGAACAAAGCCCUCCUGGGGAAUUUCUCUUGUCUGAUGACGGCAGCUCCUUGUAUCCAUUGUGAGGAUGAAAGGAAGAGGAAGACGUACCUAUAAAUCCAGAAAACUCAUGUUUGCUGUUUCAUACUCUAGCCUUCCUGUUUCCCAUACCGCAGAAUAUACUUCUCCUGUCUGAGACUGAAGCCAUCCUGGGAGUUAUCAUUAUCUUUUUGUUUAUUUUGUUGUUUGCCGUAUGAGCUUACAGAGGCGAGGGAUGGUGGAAUAGGAUGGUCAUGAGGUGUAGAAGAAAAAGGAGGCACAGACAUCGGAAUGCCACAGGCUGUCUCACUGCUGCCCUUCCUUUUAGUGCUCAUGGGAUAUGCUUUUGCAGGGCUCACCAUCUGGCCCUCUUUCCAUGUUGCUCUUAGCAAUGGCAGUGUUUUUGUGGACUUCAGCAGUAAAUCCAACAGCAGCACCAUCAGCAACAUGAGCCUCUCUCUAGUCAACAUGGAAACCAACACCACAGUUCUGACCAGGACUAUCCCCAGCAACCAACUGGCCGGUAGGGUGGAGUUCGAUUGUUCCUGCUUCCUGUAUGCAGGAACUUUCCGGUUCCUGCUGAAGCAGACCUGCAUCACUGCUGAUUCUCAUGCAAAUGGCACUGAUGGCAGUCACACAGAGAGCACCACCUGGUGGUGGAGUUCAGAGCUACAAGUGCAGUGGCCCACCUUUCAUAUUGCUGUGGACAGAGCAGGAAACCACACAGAAUCGUUCCAGGUUGGGAUAUCCACUAAUGAACACUUUCAGGCUUGCAUCAGUGGCAUUGACUCUCUUUUCUUAGAAGUCAGCUACAUGGAGUACAACCAGAUAGGCCGAAACACCAUCGACAAGGUUCGAGCUCGCACGCAGCGACCAAUCAAACCCCUCCGUUCCCAGAGUGUUGAGCUGUCCUGUGCCUUCCCAUUUACAGAAAGAGACUUCAUACGAGUGGCUCUACGCUCCCCUCAUACAGCACAGGAAGUGAAGAGCUCUGGACCUCUCUACUUGUCUCGUAUAUUCUCCUAUAAACUGCUAGUGGAAAAUGCCAAUGCUUACAAGGGUGGCUGUGAAGGGACGAUGAUUGUUAAAAUGAUAACCCCACCAUGUACUCAUGUCAAUGGGAAAGUAUUGCUGUACAGCGAUGCAGGUGUUGGAAGAGGUGUUGCUCUUUCCUCUUCAGUGGCGGGAUUCAGACCAGAGGAAUCCUCAUCUCCUCCUCUUGCCUUUAACUGGCUAACUCAAGGAGCGAAUGAGACAGAAUUCAACUGUUCUGUCUUUUACCCUGGAAGGAAUAAGUACUGCUUUCAUUUUGUUUUCAACUUCAGUCGCUCCCCUAGUCCAGCACAGACUUGUCUGGUGGUUUACAAGAGUGCAGAGUCAUGGGGCGCCUGGCAGCCAUGGAGUGUGUGCAGUGUGAGCUGUGGAGAGGGUGUGAGGGAAAGAGUGCGUGAGUGUCUGCUGCCCUCAGGUGUGCAAGGGAUGCAGUGCACCGGCAUGCUGAAGGAACAGUCCAUAUGCUCAUUAGAAGACUGUGUGGUGUUACCUACUGCUACUCCAUCUCUCCCCCCUGACACUGUUGGAGCUACACUUUUGGGUGGAAACAUGAUUGUGGUGGUUGGAAUUUCCUUCUGCUUGGCUGUGAUUAUGGCCACUGUUGUGGUGACUGUGUGGAGGAAGCUUUGCCAGACCCCUCAAUGCAGCUCAGUCCGCAGAGGCUCCAUACAUUCCCCUGGUGGGCGGAAGCUAUCAGAUGAGGCCUCCAUCUGUGGACACAGCCUCCAAAGGCCCAGUCUGUCUGACGGUCAUGGCCCAUCAGGGGGUAUGGUUGCCCAGAAAGACAGACCUUCUCUUGGAGGUAUGCCUCUUUCACAGACUAUGGUGCUUCCAGCCUCACAGGAUCCUGAACGAUUGUCUCCCACAGGCCAGAAGGUGUUGCCACCAAUAUUUGGGUACCGGUUGGCACAACAGCAACUAAAAGAAAUGAAGAAGAAGGGGUUAAAAGAAGCCACACAAUUGUACCAUGUCUCUUCAAGCCCUGUCCACGACACCAUGGAUGAGACACCUGCCUCACCCACUAGCUCCCCUAUUCCUACACCAACUGGAUUUGCUCAUUCUACCCUUCCUUUGAGCCUGCAGGAUGCUGAUAACCACCAUUUUUGCAUUGCAACUCCUUUGUCAAAGCUGCAAACUCAGAUUCCAAUGGUCACACCGGAUAGGUUGAGUCCUAGAGUGGAACUGGCCUUAGGUCCUCCUGUCUCUGCUCAUGCAAGUGGGGGGAGCUGCAAAUGGCGUGACCGCACUGCUGACUGGGUGGAAAUGGUAGAGAGGAGUGGGUUAGCAGGUCUUGGAGGAAGAGGAGAUGCUCCAACAGGAACUACUUAUCAUAAGAAUCCAAACUUCAGGCGGACCUCCAGUUUUAAUGACAGCAGACUUCAGCCGGCAUCCUCAGCUCAGUCCAGACAGUUCAGAGAAAGGAGCAUGACACAGGUGGGAUCUCGGACUCUUCCAGAGGGAAGUUGUUGGAAAAAAGGAGGAUGGGAGAGACAGCCACAUCCUUCUUACCCCAUUCCAGAGCAUGGAAUGUCAGAGUGGGCUAAAGCCAGACCCCAGAGGAAUGACCAGAAGAAGACCUGGAUCGAGACAACACCUCCCUCUCACAAUAAUGAACUCAAACAUGCAGGAACCAACACGAACUACUUCUCAACAGCUGAGAAACAUGCUAAAGCAGAUCUUGGUGGCACUGCGGAGAGAAAAAAGCCUGGUGAUCCUAGAGGUGGAGGUGGACAGUCAGUCUCAGGGAUCGGGGGUCCAGCCACAGGUCCUGGUAGGUCUCAUGGAGUAAACCAGUUGAGUGUGGAUCGGGCUGAGCAGAACUGGAAUCGUCGCGGCCCUUCACCUAUUCAAAGGAACAUCCUGGCCAGGAAACUGAAAGAGGCUCAGUCCUGCUCUGGGGCCAAGGGACGCAUUCGCAGCUCCAGCUUUAACGUCUCAUUGUCAGAGCAGAGGAACGGUAGCUGCCGUUCUCUGCCGAUGUCUGGAGACUACAGCAGCAGUGGGAGCUCUCCCUACAGGCUGAGUGAGGCAGAACAGAGGAUGCUGGACUUGGAUCUGUCCCCAGUAUAUGUACAGGAGGAGGAGUAGAGCACUGGUCUGUGGCACCACAUCUGAGAAAUGCCAUGGAAAUUGGCAUUUAUUAGUCCCCACAACCCCUACACUGAUCCCCUUUCCAAGCUAUUGAGUUGGUUCCCACAUUUUAACUGUUAUUGUAUUGUAACACUAUAAACUUUUCUUUGAGGAUAGGAGUGAAACAUGAGUAAUUUAAGUGUUUUUCUUUUUUUAUUAUUUGUUUUUGAAGAAAUCAUUGAUUUGUUUUAUGUUGUGUAUUUGUCUUUAUAAUUCAGUGUAAUGAUAUUCUUUGUAAAUACAUGUAUUUAUGUAUAUUUUUUGUCUAUGUACCCACCACUUGUACAAUAUUUACCUAAAUAAGUUUCACUUAACAUUACUUUAUGGCCUCAUCUCUCUGUGGUGUUAAACAUGCGACAAAUCAAAAACAGAAUUCACAAAAUCACAGUAAAAA